AUGUUACCAUAUGCCCUCCUGUCGGAAGGAGAGGAGCAUGAAUGCCCACUUCCAGAAACCGAACUGAAGUUAGUUGAAGAAGCACCCCCAGUAGAUGAAGUAUUAAACCUCCAAUUAAAAGAGGUUUGGUUUACAGUUGGUAGUUCAUACCAUGAGAGGGGCAAGCAAAAUAUGGGAUAUGCUGCUGUACAAAUUGAUGUGAAAACUAUUUCUGGUUCUAUGAAUAUGACUUCAGCUCAGGGAGCAGAGGUCAGAGCUCUUAGUGAUCUGCUUAAACUGAAAAAUAAUGUUGCAGACUGUCUUUAUGUCUAUAUGGAUUCAGACUUUGUGGUACAAGGACUGUUAUACUGGAUUGGGAUUUGGAAAAAGAAUCAUUGGGAAACAGCUGAGGUGAAAAAAUUGGUUCAAAAGGAGAAUUGGAAAUCUAUCUAUGAUUGGUUGAAAAAACCCUCAGGAAAAUUAAGAAUAAGACAUAUUAAAGGUCAUCAAAAGUGA